AUGGCUGAGGUCACCAAGCCCGAGCCUGUCUCGAUCUCACCCCUCCUCCAACGUCUCGCAUACCCCGAUGUCGCCCAAAUCCAAGUAUCCGCAGAAGAAAUCGCCGCCGCUUUUGCACUGAUAUUCGAGGAUAGACUGUCCUUGAUACAGACAGCCGCCCUGUUGACGCUUUUACAUUCAACUGGAAAAGAUCGUGAUGCAAAAGUUAUUGCCCUAUGCUCACAUCGCAUGAGAGAAGCGGCCAGCACGGUGGAUAGACCUGCGUUGAAAGCUGUGGUUAAAGCGAGAGGGAAGGUGGAAGGACAAUAUAAUGGCGGAUUGUGUGAUAUUGUCGGCACCGGCGGCGACUCCCAUUCCACGUUCAAUGUCUCUACAACCUCCUCAAUCAUCGCCUCCGCUCUACUACUAGUAGCUAAACACGGCAACCGCUCGCAAACAUCCUUUUCUGGCUCAGCAGAUGUCCUGAACUGCAUCCUCCCUGUACCACCCAAGAUUUCCGCCAUCAAAGCAAAUGAUAUUGCCAAGGUGCUCGAAGAAACCAACUACACUUUUCUGUUCGCGCCCAAUUUCCAUCAAGGCAUGAAAUAUGCGGAUCCUGUUCGUCGUGGGUUGGGUAUUCGUACGAUUUUCAAUCUUAUGGGACCUUUGGCGAAUCCAGUGGACUGGGCAUUGGAAGCUCGAGUCGUUGGCGUUGCGUACCAGAGUUUGGGACCUAUUUUCAUUGAAGCGUUACGGCUGGGAGGAUCAAAGAAAGCGCUCGUUAUCUGCGGUGAAGAAGAUAUGGACGAAGUCAGCUGUGCCGGACCGACAAACUGCUGGAGACUUUCUGAAUAUCCCAACCCAGCAUACAAACCCGAGAACGAUGAAGGAGGCGACGAGGAGGAUGAAGAUGAAGAAGAGACUAACCCCCGAACACUCACCAAACUCGACAUCUUCCAACUCCACCCUAAAGAUUUCGGCUUUCCUACGCAUCCUAUAACGGACGUCUACACGAAGAAAAUGCCCAAACAAAACGCAGAGAAGCUUAUGAGUAUCUUGCGCAACGAGCUUGAUCCCGAGGAUCCGUUGAUGCAUUUUGUCCUUAUGAAUACGGCUGCAUUGUUAGUGACGUCGGGAAUAUGUGACGCUGAGACUAGCAAUAUGGGUCCUGGAGAUGAUGGCAAAGUCAUUACGGAGCGUGGACCAGGUGGUGGGCGCUGGAAAGAAGGUGUCCGACGAGCACGAUAUGCGAUCACAAGCGGUCAGGCUCUCAGGAGUUUGGAGCAGUUUAUAGAUGCUACUAAUCGCUUGUAA